CGGCUCUGAGAAGAGUCUUUAGCAAGCUUCAUUUUGCAAUAGCAGAACAUAGAGACCUCACCGCAGAGGAAAUCCGUGAGACUGUGAACAUCUACCGGUGCGAAGACCACAAGGACAAAGACUGUUUUGUUUGCUGUAUCCUGUCUCAUGGGAAAAAAGGCGUUAUAUAUGGUGUUGAUGGGCAGGAAGUACCUAUCCAGGAACUGACCACUUCUUUCACUGGACAGAAUUGCCACUCACUUGCUGGAAAACCAAAAGUCUUUUUUGUUCAGGCCUGCCAAGGUGAUGCUUGCCAGAAAGGUGUGACUAUCGAAACAGAUUCUGGAGAGCAAGAUUCUUCUGUAGAAACAGAUGCAAGAUUUCAGCUCGACUGCAUCCCCGCAGAGGCAGACUUCCUCUUGGGCAUGGCUACCCUGCAAGAUUACGUUUCCUACAGAAGCACAAGGCAGGGGACCUGGUAUAUACAGGCGUUGUGCCAGCACUUGGAGUACAGCUGUCCUCGAGGAGAAGAUAUUCUCACCAUCCUGACAGCAGUGAAUCAAGAGGUGAGCAGAAAGAGUUGCAAGUCGAAUGCAGAGAAGCAGAUGCCACAGCCCAGUUUCACACUGAGGAAAAGGCUCAUCUUUCCUGUCAACUAAAUGGGAGCGAACUGCAUGGCAGAGGGAGCUGCAGCAACCUGGAA